CCCGAGCCCCGGUGGCGACCCGAGCCCCGGUGGCGACACGAGCCCCGGUGGCGACACACGGCUGUGCCCCCUGACCACGGCCGGGGCUCGCCGGUGCCCCCGCGAGUGCCCCGGGAGCGCACGCGGGGACACGGGCACGGGCACGGCGGCAGGGCACGCGCCCGCCCGGUGCCCCGCGCGCCCCGGCGGCUGCUGCUGGCGGGCUCGGGCACGGGCUGCGUGCUGCUGGGGCUGCUGCGCUCGGCUGCGCGCUGCCAGGAGGCCACUGUCCCCAACGGCCCCCCCGCUGCUCCCGAGCCGCCAGAGACCCCCCCGGAGACCCCCUUUGACUGGCCGCUGUUCUGGACCUUCCUGCGCCCGCAGCUCCUGGCACUCUCAGCUGCUGUUGUGGUGAGCAGGGCUGAGAGGGUGGCCUUGUCCCCACUGUCCCUGUGUCACACCUGUGCUCCUGCUGUCCCCCCACAGGUGGUGCGGGGUCUGAGUGCUGGCGCCCGUGUCUUGGAGCUGCUGAGACUGGAGCCCCUCGUGCCACUGCAGGGGGGGGCCACCAUCCCUGCCCACUCCCUGCUUGGACACAUCUGCUUCGACCACGUCUCCUUCAGCUAUCCCACCCGGCCUGGCUACCCUGUCCUGCAGGACUUCAGCCUCACCCUGCCGCCCUGCCAGACUGUGGCCAUCGUGGGCCCCUCAGGAGGAGGGAAGUCCACAGUGGCAGCGCUGCUGGAGCGGUUCUAUGAGCCCACGGCAGGAACCAUCACCCUGGACGGGCACGACAUCGCGGGCCUGGACCCCUCGUGGCUGCGGGGGCAGGUCAUCGGCUUCAUCAGCCAGGAGCCGGUGCUGUUUGGCACAACCAUCAUGGAGAACAUCCGCUUCGGGAAGCCGGGAGCCUCCGAUGCCGAGGUGUACGAGGCCGCCCGGCUCGCCAACGCUGACGGCUUCAUCCGCAGCUUCCCCCAGGGCUACGACACCAUCGUGGGCGAGCGCGGCACGGCGCUGUCCGGGGGGCAGAAGCAGCGCAUCGCCAUCGCCCGGGCGCUGCUCAAGGACCCGGCCGUGCUCAUCCUGGACGAGGCCACGAGCGCGCUGGACGCGCAGGCGGAGCGGGCGGUGCAGGCGGCGCUGGAGCGGGCAGCCCGCGGCCGCACCGUGCUGCUGAUCGCGCACCGCCUCAGCACCAUCCGCGGCGCGCACCUCAUCGCCGUGCUGGCCCGGGGCCGCGUGGCCGAGGCAGGGACUCACGAGGAGCUGCUGCGGCGCGGGGGUCUCUACGCCGAGCUCAUCCGACGGCAGACUAAGGAGGAGCCCUGAGGGGUCCCCGCUGUCCCCAAUAAAGCGGGCUGCAAGGCGGACGGGCUGCGCUUUGUGGCGGCCUGUGUGGCCACGAGGGUGGCUGUGUG